UUUUGACUUUUGACAUAUUUGUCAAUUAUUAAUUAAUUAAUAAUUAAUGAUUGUAUUCAAAUUGAGUAAAUAUUUUCACUCUUUUUUAGCAAGAAAAUGAGUAAAAUAGAGAAAGUAAAAUAUAGACAACAAUAUAGCAAGAAAAGUUCAAGAAGGCGUUACAAUUUGGAUGUAAACCAAAAAGGAUUCUUAUGCAGUUGUAAUAACAGGGAAAAAGAUUGCAUUCGAGAAGCCUACAAUAUACUAAACAAAUACGCAGAUAUUUUGUGGCCAGCUAAUAUUCCCCAGUCCACGUCUUCUCAAAAUGAGAUUGAAGACGAUUUACAGAAAGAACUUCAAGAAUUAAAAAACGACAAGAAUGAAAAGAGAUUCCAAGUUGUUGAAUCGGGAGCCAAAAACUUUCUGUUUAUAAAAACUACAGUAGAGGAUCCAGUUAAGUUAGCUGAAAGUAUUUUGAAUGAUUUAUCUGAGAACAAGAGUCAAGGAACAAAAUUCUUGCUCCGAUUGGUACCUAUUGAAGUAACAUGCAAGGCCUAUAUGAAGGACAUUGAAAAGAGCUUUGAAACACUGUGUGUUAAGUAUUUUUCUGAAAAACCCAGAACGUUUUCAAUUGUGUUUAAUCACAGAAAUAACAACUCUGUGUCUCGGGACGAUGUUAUUGAAAGUCUUGCUAACAUGGUGUCAAAAAUGGGACAGGAAAAUAAUUUAGAACAUAAAGUUGAUCUGAAAAAUGCAGAAUUGUCAAUUGUUAUAGAAAUAAUUAGAGGUUUUGCAUGCCUAGGGGUUGCGCCAAAUUUUAUUAAAUUAAAGAAGUAUAAUUUGUUAGCAUUUUGUUCUUCAGAACCUGAAUCAGAUGUUGCAGAGAAGGUUGUAGAAGUAUCGGGCAGUGAAGAAAAUAAAUAAUUUAUUAAGAUAUUUUUCACGUUUUUCUUUACCUUUUGAUGAUCCAAUUAUACUGAAAGCUAAUGUGGUUUAAUUUAUGAAAUACGAUAAAUACAAAAAGU